AUGUCAGACAAGAGCAUGGUUCUCUCAAGAUUUAUGUUUUGUGUCAUGGUUAUUGCUAUGUUCCUUCUGGUCCUAUCUUCCUUUUUCCUCCUCCACUUGAGCAACCAUUCAUUCAUUCCUAGAUCAGUGUUGGAGCUUGUUAUUGUCAACAACACAUCACUUGCCUUUAAACCCAGUUUCAAGAGGGAACAAAUUGCACCCCCUCCCUUACGUUCUCAAGGUUCAAAAUUUCAACCACAAAGGUGUCAACUUUCUAAUUCAAGCCAGAAAUCAAGUCCUCCGGGGCAGCUGAGGAAGAUGGCGUGUGACGCAAACCUUGCUCUCUUAAGGGUAUUCAUGUAUGACUUACCUCCAGAGUUUCACUUUAGGUUAUUGGAUUGGAAGGGGAGUGCGAACCAAACAUGGCCUAAUGUGAAUAACCCAAAAGAUGUUCCUCCAUAUCCAGGUGGGCUUAAUUUACAGCAUAGUGUGGAGUACUGGCUCACUCUUGAUCUUCUGUCUUCAAACAUUGCAAAAGUUUUUAGGCCUUGUAGUGCAAUUAGAGUGCUGAAUGCAAGUCAAGCAGAUGUGGUCUUUGUGCCAUUUUUCUCAUCUUUGAGUUACAACCGGCAUUCCAAAAUCCAUGGAAAGGAAAAAGUUAGUGUUAACAAAAUGCUGCAAGAGAGAUUGGUACAGUUUCUAAUGGGGCGGGAAGAAUGGAAACGUUCCGGAGGGAAGGAUCAUGUGAUUGUGGCCCACCAUCCUAACAGCAUGGUUGAUGUAAGAAGAAAGUUGGGUUCUUCCAUGCUUGUGCUUGCAGAUUUUGGAAGAUACCCUUCUAAAAUAGCAAAUAUUAAGAAGGAUAUAAUAGCUCCAUAUAGGCAUCUAGUAAACACUAUACCAAGAACUGAGUCAGCUUCAUAUGAGGAACGUUCUACACUUCUAUAUUUCCAGGGGGCAAUAUAUAGGAAAGCUGGAGGAGCUGUUCGCCGUGAACUAUAUUACCUCCUCAAAGAUGAGAAAGAUGUGCAUUUUACGUUUGGAAGCAUAAAAAGAAAUGGAAUUAAGCAGGCAAGCCAGGGCAUGGCUUUAUCCAAAUUUUGCUUAAACAUUGCCGGAGAUACCCCAUCCUCUAAUCGCCUCUUUGACGCCAUUGUGAGCCACUGUGUACCUGUGACCAUUAGUGACGAAAUUGAGCUACCAUUUGAAGAUGUUUUGGACUACUCAGAAUUUGGCUUAUUUGUCCGUGCCUCAGAUGCUGUGAAGAAAGGCUACCUGAUGAAUCUGCUUCGUUCAAUUGAGCGAGAGAAAUGGAUAAAGAUGUGGGAAAGGUUAAAGGAUAUUACACAACACUUCGAGUAUCAAUAUCCAAGCCAGCCUGGAGAUGCAGUGAAUAUGAUUUGGGAGGAAGUUGCGCAUAAGAUAUCUUCACAACAGUUAAAUUUGCACAGGAAAAAUAGAUACUAG